UAACUACGAGAGACAAAACUGCCAACACUUGUAUUUGAAGUAAUUGACCCUGAAGUCUAGAAAAAAAACAAAGAUGGUCAAAGAACAUAAAAGGAAAGGAAAAACACUGGCCCUCAGCAGACAACGAGACAACAACAGCUGGAUGACUCCAUCAAUUAUCGAGUCUGUUCAGGAGUGCGAACCAAAGAAAAGGAAAAGAGUUCAAGAUAAGACCCCCAGAAAAAGGAUCAGGGUCUCAGUGACGACGGGAGCCUCCACAACCUGCCAGGACCACAUCAAGAAGAAAAUGACAGAAAAAGUCCAGGGAUGUUCAACACCAACCAAGAAGAAGAAGGGAACCAAAGAGACUUCCUCCUCAAUGGACAUCAGCUCAGGAUCCAGCAACAUCAGUCCAGUACUUAACAUUACAGGAAAUAUAAAAAAGAGGAAUCUGAAAAGGACCGCGGAUGACUUUGAGGAACCACCAGUGAAGAAGAAGACAAAAAAAGAACAAGUGAUUUCCCAAAGAGCCAAAUUCCAGAAAGAAUAUACUGAGCUGCAUUUACUGGGAGAAGGAGGCUUUGGAUCUGUGUUUGCCGGAUAUCGACAGGAGGAUAAAUUGCCUGUGGCUAUCAAACACAUCCCAAAAGAAAAUGUGUUUCUCAAACAUAAGGAUGAGAACGGCAGGAAGAUCGCGUUGGAGGUGGCCAUCAUGUUGAAGCUGAAGAAUCUAUGUACCAGUUCAUCAGGGCAGUUGGCCAUGGUGUCCCUCCUGGACUGGUAUGAGCUGGAGGAAGAGUUGCUUUUAGUGAUGGAGAGGCCCAUGCCUUCAGAAGACCUUUUUGUCUAUCUUGAUGAGCAUGAAGGUUGUUUAAAUGAGGAGGAGGCCAAGAUCAUCUUAAAACAGCUGGUGGAAGCAACGAUUCAGCUUCAGAAUGCAAACAUCUUCCAUAGAGAUAUUAAAGUGGAAAAUGUCCUGAUUAAGAGCAGCUCAGAAGGCCCACAAGCCUAUCUCAUAGACUUCGGUCUAAGCUGCUUUGACCGCGGAAGGAAAUUUGCACUUCUCCGUGGUACCCGUGAUCACGUCCCACCAGAGUUUUACAGACUCAAGAAAUAUACUGCUGGACCCACAACGGUGUGGCAGCUGGGAGUGCUCCUGUUUGAAAUUCUCCACAACAAGAUGUUCAAAACCAUCAGUUUCCUCACAAACAAGCUGAAGAUCAACAAGAAGCUUUCCAAGAACUGCCAGGAUCUUAUGACCAAGUGCCUGAAGGAACAGCCAAAGGAGCGCCCCACGCUGGAAGAACUGCUCAGUCACCCUUGGUUUUCAUAAACAUACGUACACAGACAUUGGAGUUAUAACUUUUUAGUAUUUAGUCUAGUCUAAUUUAGGAUGAGAAUUGGAUUAAGGGUUAAAUGACAUGUUAGUAUGUUGGGUUUUCUUCUAGAGCUU